UUUCCUUCUUCCGAGAGAAAACCAUUCGAUUACUCCAAAUCCCAUUCCUUUCCGAUUCCUUUUCUUCUUCUGUGACCAGCUUCAGUCAUUGCUGGGAGGAGCGGAUUCAAUCGCCGUAAAAACGGGAUCAACUGUUAUCCUCGCGAGUUUCUACUGCUCGGAAACCAUUUCCGUGCAGGUGAAACGCCCGCGAUGACGGGGAGCGUGAUGUGAAGAAGCCGAGUUGCCCUCGGACAGCAUUUGGGUUCAAGGAAGUUUUUACACUCUAUUGGCAAUGGAAGAAUCAGAGAAAGAGUCAAUAAAAGAGGCAUCAGUGGAGGUUUCUGAAGAGUUCAAGACCCUCAUUAAUGCAGAUGAUGUUGAUUCCCUUAAGCAAAUACAGCACCUCAUUUUGGGAAGGCUACAGGACAGCAAUGCGGUGCUCUCACAUUUUAAUGAGUAUUCUGAGAAUUGCUUCAACGAAGUUUCAGGUGAUUUCUCCAAAAAUACCCGUCUCUUGAGGUCCAUGAAGUCGGACCUUGACUACAUCUUUCAGAAGCUAAGGAGUAUGAAGGCAAAGCUUUUGGCCACAUAUCCCGAUGCAUUUUCCGACGACUCUAAAGGAGAAAUAAUUGAUUGUAGACCAGACCUCGAGCUGUCGCAGUAAUUACGAUAACCUCAUGAAACAAGUUCGUGUUUUCUUUUGGAGAAGAAAAGCGGAAGAAAAGCUUAUUGAUGCUUUGAUUGUCUUCAA